AUGUUAGAUUCAACAAUUCAAGUUUAUCCAAUAGUGGCGACAUUUUUGAACCCAGUUCGAGUAAUGGUGAGGCCGACAGUGCAAAAUGUUUUUUUCCCCCAUUUGAUGCUUAUAGCACUGUCGACUGAGGCUUUUCCAUCCCUUACACCAAUUUUUUUUUUUUUUGCUUCUACAGCAGAGCAGAGGGCAGCUUUAGUAGAAUGGUUAAACAGCAUUCUUCCGGAUUUAAGUUUGCCAAUAAAUGCUUCAGACAAGGAAUUACGAGGAUUCUUGGUUGAUGGCACUGUUCUGUGUCGAAUUCUGAACAAACUAAAACCUGGUUCUGUGACUGAGUUUAAUGGUUCUGGUCAUUCUUCAUAUUCACACUUGGAAAAUGUUCAAAAGUUUUUGUCUGCUAUGGACGAAAUGGGGCUGCCGAGAUUCCAAGCAGCGGAUCUGGAAAAGGGAUCUAUGAAAAUUGUGAUGGACUGUCUUUUAACUCUUCAAACGCAAUUUACGCCAAAUGUUGGGAGAUAUAAUAGAAGUGAUGCCAGUAAAAGAUGGAAACUGAUAGGAGAACGUGUAGGCAGUCGUGAGGGUUCUACAAGGGAAGUUCCUUUUCGAUCACUCUCUGUUUCUUCGCCAACUUCUGAAGAGAGGCGAACGGUAGUAUUGUCAGACUCAAAUUUCCAGCGCGCAAAUGCCCCAACUCAGUCACUUUUAAGUGUUGUGAAUAGUAUUCUAGACGAAAGCAUUGAACGGAAGAAUGGGGAAAUACCUCAUCGCGUUGCUUGCCUAUUGAGAAAAGUUGUGCAGGAGAUUGAGCGACGAAUAUCUACUCAAGCAGAGCACCUGAGAACGCAAAACAAUCUUUUUAAGGCUCGUGAGGACAAAUACCAAUCAAGAAUUAGAGUUCUUGAAGCCCUUGCAACAGGGACUGGUGAAGAGACACAGAUAGUUAUGAAUCAGCUCCAGCAUAUUAAGAGUGAGAAGAGCAAGAUAGAAGAGAGAAAGAAAGUCGAGCAGCAAGAUGCAAUAAAAUUGAUGAAAGAGAAGGAUGAUCACAAUAAAGAGAUUGCGGUCUUCAAGCAAGAACUGGAAAUAGCUAGGAAAACAUAUGAACAGAAAUGUUUACAAAUGGACACAGAAUCUACAAGAUCUCACCAAGAGCUUCAGGAGAGGUUGAAGGAAUUUGGGAACCUUCUAACCGAGUCGAGAAAUAAAGUUAGACUACUUGAAGCAUCUUCUGAAUCAAAAUCCGAAUGGUGGAAUAAGAAAGAACACGGUUACCAUAAAUUUACGGAAUUCCAGCUUGGUGCACUACGUGAACUGAGGACGACGUCUCAAUCAAUCCGGCAAGAGGUUGUUAGAAUACAGAAGAGCUAUUCGGAGGAAUUCGCCCAUUUAGGGAUGAGAAUGAAGGCUUUGGAAGAAGCAUCCAAAAGCUAUUAUUCACUUCUUGCUGAAAACCGAAAGCUACAUAAUGAACUUCAAGAACUAAAAGGAAACAUUAGGGUCUAUUGCCGGAUAAGGCCGUUCUUACCUGGGCAGGCAGGGAAACAGUCAAUCAUUGAAUACAUUGGUGAAAAUGGUGAGCUAGUUGUUUUAAAUCCUUCCAAGCAAGGGAAAGAAGGCCAUCGUUCGUUUAAGUUCAACAAAGUGUAUGGUCCAACAGCAACACAAGCGGAGGUUUUUGUGGAUACACAACCCUUGAUACAAUCAGUUUUGGAUGGAUAUAAUGUAUGUAUAUUUGCAUAUGGUCAGACUGGUUCAGGGAAAACCUACACCAUGACUGGUCCUGAUGGAGCAACCGAAAAAGAUUGGGGGGUCAAUUACAGAGCUUUGAACGAUCUUUUCCGCAUCUCAGAAGUUAGGAAGACUACCUAUACAUAUGAAAUUUCUGUCCAAAUGAUAGAAAUAUACAAUGAACAAAUCGUCAACUCGCCCUCUGAUGUGCUGGAACUGAUGGAUAUUGGACUAAAAAAUCGAGCUAGUAGUUCAACUGCCUUAAAUGAAAGAAGCAGUAGAUCACACAGUAUUGUAACCAUUCAUGUCCGUGCCCUGGAUCACAAGAGCGGUUCUUCUUCGCGUGGCAGUCUUCAUUUAGUAGACCUUGCAGGAAGUGAAAGAGUUAACCGUUCUGAGGUAACGGGAGACAGACUGAAAGAGGCACAACAUAUAAACAAAUCUUUAUCUGCCCUUGGAGAUGUCAUCUCGGCAUUGGCACAAAAAAAUGCUCAUGUUCCAUAUAGAAACAGCAAGCUUACUCAAGUCCUUCAAAGUUCAUUAGGUGGCCAUGCAAAGACGCUUAUGUUUGUACAGCUUAAUCCUGAAGUUACUUCGUGCAAUGAAACCAUAAGUACCUUAAAAUUUGCGGAAAGAGUUUCUGGCGUUGAGCUUGGUGCCGCCAAGAGCAGCAAAGAUGGCCGGGAUGUCAGAGAAUUGAUGGAACAGGUUGCAUCUCUUAAGGACACCAUAGCUAAAAAGGACGAGGAGAUCGAGAGGCUGCAGCUGCUAAAAGAUCUCAAAAAUGUGUCCCACUCGAUGAGGUACGGAUCUACUUCUCCAAGCAAAAAUUCCACGGGUGGGACUCCUCAGAGAAGCUUAAAAAUAUUGAAAGGAUUGAAAAAAGCAGCUUCUGAUGAGGAAAACUACUCUGAAGGUAGAGAUAAGCAUUCCAUAAAUAGUUUUCAGAAAGAUUUUCCUCGGCGAUCAAAUACUGCUGGAGAGAAUAUAGGUCGGAAUUUCUCUGCAGAUGCUGAGAUCUUAGGAUACGGCGAUGCAGAUAAUGAAGAGAGGCAUGGUGAUAUAUCUGAUAGUGUUCUUUCUGUGGGAACAGAAAUUGAAGAAUUCAGUCUUUAUCCAGAGGAAGCAAAAAAAGCUGAGAAUACUGAUAAACCUAAAUCAGCAGCUAGAUUUCAACGACCCCUGGUAAAAUCGACGAAGGAUUCUCUCAAGGGACAAACUGAGUUGCGAAAAUCUGCCAGUGGAACGAAUUUAUCGAGCAAGAUUUCAAGAAGAUGGCAAUAA